AUGGGUUGCACUGACAUGUCCCUAUAUGUAUGCUUAAGCUCCCCUCCUCCUGGACCAGUAACCACACGCUGGUUGAUCUGCCGCCUUGGAAGACCCCGAGACGCCAAGAAUAUGACUACUAACCGGCUGUAUCUCCUUCCCUCGUCCCCCUCUCAACCUUCAGAAUCUUCAGUCGUGGUGCUCGAAUGGGGUAUCUAUGUAAUCGGUGGGAAAAUAAACGGUAAGAACACGUCAAACGUGUUGGUUUUGGAUUGUAGGACUCACAAGUGGCAUCAGGUCUCCUCUAUGGGAGUGGCUCGCGCUUCUGCAGCGGCUGGUGUUGUAGACGGGAAAAUAUACGUGUUUGGAGGAUGCAAGGACAUGGACUCGUGGGCAGAGGUGUUUGACCCGAAGACGCAAAGUUGGAAUAUUCUACCAAGUCCAAGUUGGAAUCAAAGCCAUGAUUUGAUCCGUGGUAGUGUGGUGGUGGAUGAGAAGGUUUACGCGGUGAGUAAGGGGGGUAAUAGCGUCUAUUACUCGCCGAAUGAAGGUAAAUGGGGAAAAGGUAAUUGUGAUUCUUUUCUAAUAAACAAAAAGUUUUGUUUGAUAUGUGAAUUGUUGUACUGUUGUGAUACAAUGGGAUGUUUGUUUUGGUGUGAGGCUGAGAAGUUGAAGUGUCAUGAGUCGGAGGGCAUGGUUUGGACAAAAGUGAAGGGUUUGAAAACACUGCAGAUGAAUGUCUCCGGUUAUUAUUCGCGUUUUAGAACGGUACCUUUUGAUGGAGAGAUUGAGGAGUUGCCCACUUCGUAUACGUUCGAGGCUGGUGUUAGCAAAUUGAGCAACUUUGGUGGAAACAUUGUGGUCUUCUGGGAUAUUGUUGUGUUGGUCUUAAUGAGGGUUUGGAGAUUUGGUGCGCGGAGAUUUCUUUGGAGAGACGUGAGCCGGGCGAGAUUUGCGGGAAGAUUGAGUGGUCGGAAGCCGUCAUGA